AUGGAAUCAUCCAUAUAUAUAGAGAAGGACUAUACGGAAUACGGACGGAAAGGUGAUCCGUACACUUGGGAGAGCUCGGUACGGCUGGUGGGACAGGGAGAGGAGAUUGGGAUGUAUUUGGAGGAGAGAGAGGGGCGGAAGAGGAAGUGGCAGCAGGUGGAGGGGGGGAAGAUGAUGCGGCGGGAGGAGGGGGAGGAGAAGGAGCAGAGGAAGGUGCCGCCGAAGAAAAUUAUGGCGGCUGUCGGCGAUAUGGGCGGGAGCGGGACCAGUUCGUCCUCCUCGCACCUCUCACCAGGCUGGCAGGUCAACGACCUCGACUUGGAUUUACCCGGAGAAUUGUCUAUGAAUGAGGCGCUGCUGUCGCUUCCCUCACUGGCGGUGUUCAAGCAAGAAGCGCCCUCCCCGACCGGCGCCGUGCUGUCGCCGCCGCGCCGCGCCUGGCCGCGCCGCCUGCCGGACAGACAGAUGAGCGACAUGGUGGUGGACGGGGCGGAAGAGGAGCAGCACUCCCCCCCGCACGCUGCGCUCAUGCCGCCACACGCCAACAGCCCUGAGAGCAUGCAAUGCCAGCCCACCAUGCAGGGCGGUAUGAUGCCUAUGAACGGAUACCAUUCACCACCCGCACUCGACAACAAAAAUGGCGCUUUAUUCAUCAAUACGCUCACCCUGCAAGGCAGUAUGAUGCCCAUGAGCGGUUACCAUACACCACCCGCACUCGACAACAAAAACGGCGGUCUACUGAUGUGCUCGCCGGUCAGCUCGCUGGACGGGUUCCUGCACUCACCAGCACAGCCCCGUCCCGAGCCCAGCUUCAAGGAUGACACCAGCGCGAUGGGUACAGAGUAUUGCUGCGGGCGCGGCAGCCAAUGGGACGGGUGCUAUGACGGGCCCCACACGUACAUAACCAAGUUCCAAUACGUGCUUGCGGCGGCGACAUCUAUCGCCACCAAACAGAACGAAGAAACACUGACGUAUCUCAACCAGGGACAGCCGUAUGAGAUCAAACUGAAGAAGUUGGGAGACCUGUCACAUUACAAGGGGAAGAUAUUGAAGAGCGUGAUCAAGAUCUGCUUCCACGAGCGCCGCCUCCAAUACAUGGAGCGCGAGCAGAUCGCGCAGUGGCACGCGGAGCGGCCCGGCGAGCGCAUCGUCGAGCUGGACGUCCCUCUGUCGUACGGCGUGACCCGCGUGCAGCAGCCGGCCUGUCUCAACUCCCUGCACGUCUACUGGGACCUCACCAAAGAUGUCGGGGUCUACAUCAAGGUGAACUGUAUAUCCACGGAGUUCACAGCGAAGAAACAUGGCGGCGAGAAAGGCGUGCCGUUCCGUAUCCAGGUGGAGACCUACCUCGCCAGCGACGAGAACACGCGUCUGCACGCCGCUGCGUGCCAGAUCAAGGUGUUCAAACUGAAGGGGGCGGACCGCAAGCACAAGCAGGACCGCGAGAAGGUGAUGCGGCGCCCGCGCUCCGACCUCGACAAGUACCAGCCGGGCUGCGAGGCCACCGUGCUCACCACGCUGUCAAACGACGCGCUGAUGCCACCCCCCUCUCUGGUCACCUCUUCACCCCCGUAUUCGCCGGAGCUGUGUGUGGUCCCAAAGGCUGCAAGCCCCAUAGGAAACAAACCUAUGCCACAACCUGCCAUACUUGCUUCCUCGAACCAGAUGAAGCCAUUAUACUGCCAGGAUGAGUCUGAGAUGAAAGUGACUACGUCCCCGUGCCACUCGCCCGGCGCCAUCUUGCCGGAUCUGCCGCAACCCGCUGAAGAUCCCGACAAGAACGUGGGGCUGCCGGCCAGCGCGGGCGCGGGCGAGACGGCGGCGUGGCUGGCGCGGCACCGCUUCGCGCAGCACGCCACCACCUUCGCCAACUUCUCCGGCGCCGACCUGCUCAGAUUGUCCCGUGACGACAUCAUUCAGAUUUGCGGCCUGGCCGACGGCAUACGGCUAUUCAACGCCCUGCACGCCAAACGCAUCGAGCCUCGUCUGACGGUGUACGUGAGCGCGGGCGGCGGCGUGUACUCCGCCCUGUACCUGCACUCGUGCCGCGCCGCCGAGCUGCUGCACAAGCUGCAGGCGCUGCACCGUGCGCACGCGCAGGGACACAAGGAAGUGGACACAGUGCUGGUGUCCGGUCCCAACGGAGCCCUGGUGCGGCUGACGGACGAGCUGGUGCGGCAUCUGCCGGACAAGUCCACCUACCGCCUGCAGCGCCGCGACGACGCGCUGCUGCUCUCCAGCGAGCAGUGAGCGCUCCACGUAGCCUAGGGACGGCUGGUGCCACCUGCCCUAUCUAUGACUAUCAUACCCUAGAUAUGACUAAAAUAAUUUGAAAUAGAGGCGGAUUGUCAAAGUAAAUUAUGUAGCCACUGUAACUUUACUGCCAUCUUUCAAGAGAAGAUUAAAACUUUUUGAACGACGUUUGACUUUGAUCCAUAUUCUUUUACUGAUAUGUGUUAAAAAUGUUUAUAUCAAAAAGUAACGCCAUCUACUCCAGACUAGGCUAAAGGUGUGGUGCAAUAUUUUCGAGCAAUGGCGCCAUAUGUUUGGCCUACUCUCGAGUAGAUAGGCGUUACUUUUUGAUAUUUAACAAAUUUAACACAUCAAGUCAAAUGGCGUUCUAAAAGUUUUGACCAUUUGUGUCGAAAGAUGGCAGUAAAUGUACUGACUACAAAAUCUACUUUGACAGUACUCCUCUAGUCUAAAUUCUCUUUGCCUUAAGAUUACGAUAUGAUGAUGUAUGAGAGAAUGAUGAUGAAUUAAAAAAAAAACAAUUUAGUGACUAUGGGGCCAUAAUAUUAUAUUUUAGUUGUAAGAGCUAACCCUCACCUCAUCUUCGUUCUAAUACCGCCUUAUGUUAAUCGGUCAACCCUUUGAAUGCCACAUGAAAAACUCUGACGUGAUAUGACGUCGACAUAUUUGUGGCGUUUACAAAGGUGUUAUACUAUAAGUAGUAGUAUUGAUUUUAUUUGAAUAAGUGGAACGCAAGAAAUUGCUUGACGCAAUGAAAAUUUACUUCAAUAUGAAAAAGUUCUCAUCAAAAUGAAGUAAUUUUUCAGUUUUUGUCUUAGAAAAUGGAAAAGAUUGGUAAAAAGAUAUACGUAAUGUAACCGAGAAACGACGCAAUGUGAAUGCGCCAAUCGCGCAUUCACAUUGCGUCGUUUCUGAGUCGUUCUUCGAAUCAAACAAUGUCGGUUGCCUGGCAACCGCUUCUUUGAUACGGUAUCUCCAUUAACCCUUAAGGUGACAGUCCAUUUCCAACGACAGCAGCCCUACCAUUCAUUUUACUAUGGAAAUUGACAAUAACACCGACGCGUUUGUACUAAUAGUGCAACUGCGGUCAGAAAUGGAAUGUUAUCCCUUACUCCACGCCUAACGUAGGCGCGUGAUCAUGAACCUUUUGUGAAUGCACAAAGGUUGAUAUUGGGUUGCAGCCGCGCGCGUCAUUUGACGUCUUUGAUCAAAGGGUUAAGUGAACGACCAGCUGUAACUAGAUUGUUUUGAGGCCUAAAAAUGUCGGAUAUUACCGACAAAAAAGGUAUACAUUUUUAGGGUUCCGUACCCAAAGGGUAAAACGGGACCCUAUUACUAAGACUUCGCUGUCCGUCCGUCCGUCCGUCUGUCACCAGGCUGUAUCUCACGAACCGUGAUAGCUAGACAGUUGAAAUUUUCACAGAUGAUGUAUUUCUGUUGCCGCUAUAACAACAAAUACUAAAAACAGAAUAAAAUAAAGAUUUAAAUGGGGCUCCCAUACAACAAACGUGAUUUUUGACCAAAGUUAAGCAACGUUGGGCGUGGUCAGUACUUGGAUGGGUGACCGUUUUUUUGUGCAUUUUUUUCGUUUUUUUUUUGCAUCAUGGUACGGAACCCUUCGUGCGCGAGUCCGACUCGCACUUGCCCGGUUUUUAUAUUGUAUAGGAUGGAUAGGAAAGCACUUGAAAACUUCAAUGAUUGUGAGUAGGGUUUCUGGUUUCUCGACCUUUUUAAUUUCUCGAGGCACGGGAAUUCUCGACCAAGAUUUCUCGAGUAUCUCGAGAAAUUUUGAAAGCUCCAUAAACACCAUGUUAUUUAAAUUUUUUUUGCUUUUUUACAAAUCAGACUCGUAGGAAUCGUAGGUGAGAUCAAUAAUCAAACAUAUGGUACAUUUUUAGUCACCAUAAAUUGCACUUAAUAAUCAACAACAAAAAAAACUAUAGGUGCAAGCGUGCGCACAGGCGAUGUGUCAUGCUAUAGUGUAUAUCUUUAGGUAUUUAACAAAAUGUAAACAAACCACAAUAUGGUAAGUAUUUUAUUAGGCAGCAAUAUUCAAGUCAAUAAAAACUCGACGUGACAAAAGUUACAGAAGUUUUACUACGUAAUAUUAAUUACUCGUACUUACUCAACGUAACAAUAAAGCUGCUAAAAUUUUAAUAGUUUGCUAUUAGGAAUAUAUCGGGAUGAUUUGAUUUAUCAAUAGUAAUAUUUGUUAUUACACUUAUUACAUGGUCCUAUAAUUCGUUACAAAAUAUUUUAAAGCGUUUUUCAAUAAAAAGACACUACAUGAAUGUCAUGAAUCAUGAUAGUUCAAAAGUUUCAAAACAUGAAAAUCGGUUAAAGCUAGAAUGAUAGGGGACGGAUCAAAGUAGUUUUUUAUUUGUUUGGUAAUAAAUGUUUUAAGUAGGUUCCUACCUGAAAAUGUAAAAAAAAACAUUGUUCAUAUUUAUUUAACUACCUAAAGAAAUACAUUAUAGACACAUCAUAUGUUAUACGCGUGUUUUCUUUUUACGUAUCACAAGAGAUUUAUUUCUCGAGUUCUCGAGGCAUUGAAUAUUUUUUUCCCGUCUCGACUUAGGACAAAUUUCUCGAGAUUUCUCGACUCGGGAAUUCUCGAGCAGAAACCCUAAUUGUGAGUUGAACUGAUAGGUUUGAUGACGGUUUCCCAAAGGAAUUGAUAUUAUUUAAGUUUAAUUAUGUAUUUUAAGUUUAUAUUUGCAAUAUUUUGUGCAAUGCUUUUAUGUGAUUAGUGGCAUACAGUAAUAGUUUUAAAUGGAAAAUUAUGGUUGAUUAUAUGUUAGUUGUUUUUAAGUAAAUACAAUUAUAUAUCAAGUGUCUAAGUUUUGUGUUAGAUUAAAACAAUAUGUGUAAAGGGUUUAUUUGGAAUAGUCUGUAAUAAUGUAAGAUGCGCUUUAACCAAGCGCCAAAUAACGUUUUUUCUGUGUGGUAAGACCUGUUUAAGACUUUUUAAUAUGAAACCUUUCAAAAUGUCAACUGACAGAUUUCAUCACAUAGAAACACCGUACUGACAGUACCUUACAGACAUUCAAAAUAAUCUUUGCAAAUAUUGCUUGGUGUAAUGUCGUUUAUUUACAAAUAAAUGACAGCGUGGAUGUGCCUUAACCCUUUCACUGCGCGUGUGACGUCGAUACCCGUCAAUGUCACGUUUGUGACACUGGGCACCCUAUCUUGAGCAGUGGAAGGGUGUUUAAUGUUAACCUACUUUAUACGCUAGUUAUUAAUUAAUACGAGUUCUCAUUAUUCUUCAUCAGCAAUAGUAGUUAUAUUUACGAUACAAGUGGGAAAAAUGGGGAAAUUAAACGAGUGGUGAAUUUUAAAACACGACCGAAUUUAACCUAUUCGCACUUGUAUCGUACAAUGUUUUACAGUACAUAUGGCCUUUUAAAUUUUCGACGUAGUUACGUAAUGUUCUUAUUAUAGCACAGGGUGUCGUAAUGUAGCACCAGAUGUACUGUAAAGAUGUUAUUCUGCAGGCGCAUUUACGUUUUACGUAUUCUGUUCGGCUGUGGUACUCAUUUUGUCAGUUAUCGACUCUUGACACUCUACUUGACAGUUAUCGACUGCUUAAGAGAUAACUCUUUCACUGUCACCAGAUGACACUAGUUUCGUACCCUUGGCAGUGAAAAGGUUAACGAACUCGUAUUUAUUUUAAACGUAUGUUGCUUUAACUCAAUUGUUUCACCAUUAAGUUAAGAUUUUGUUAACUAAAUACAUAGCGAAAUAUAAUAUAAGCUAUAUGAUAGCAUGUUAUUUUUAUAUUAAAGAUUUUACAGUGAGUUUCACAUACUUUAUAUGCAAAACAAAGUUAUAUGAAAUUCAAAGUAUAUGAAUAUGAUUAUAGUAAGAUUUAUUUUUUCAUUACUCACAGAUUUUUGAUAGAUGGAGACAAAAAAAGGACCCAUUACUAUAUAUAGGUGUAAAAUAGUGUCACUUGAUUGCAAAUUUGUGUUUGGCAAUUUCUUGAAUUUGUUGCUAAGCUCAGGAUUCAUUAUUUCGCCCUCGGCCUAAACAUGUAUUUUGUGACAUUACUUUUGACUGCCACAGACGUCGACGUGAUAACACGUCACUGAGCAGUCAAAGGGUUAACUCGAGGUGCCUUGUAAGUGCCUUUUAUGUAGACAGAUGGCGCCGUGCAUUAAAUGGAGUAUUCUUUGUAAACUAUUUUUUAAAUGUUAUAUUAAUAGUGUAGUUGUUGCAUGUAUAGUAUAGUUUAUAUAUUAUAUAAAAUAAAUGAGUAUAUGGAUUGUGUAGUCAAUAAAUGUAUAUAAAGCUA